CAACAGAAACUCAACCCUCACUCUGCUGCUGCUUCUCAGAGUGUGUGCUUGGUGUGUGUGAGAGCUAGAAAAUGGCGGAGGCGAUUUCUCAGGAGGAAGACUCUUUCACAUGUCCAGUGUGUCGGGAUCUGCUGAAGGAAACAGUGACUCUUCUCUGUGGACAUAAUUUCUGUAAGAGGUGCAUUAAGGGCUGCUGGGAUCAGGAGGAUCAGAAAGGAGUCUACAGCUGCCCCCUGUGCAAACACACCUUCACUCCCAGACCUGUCCUCUACAAAAACCCUCUGAUUGCUGAAAUGAUUGAAAAAUUUGGGAAGACCGGAAUCCAGGCUACUGUUCCUGCUCAAUGUUAUGCUGGACCUGGAGAUGUGGAGUGUGAUGUCUGCACUGGGAGAAAACUCAAAGCUGUGAAGUCCUGUCUGGAGUGUCUGGUGUCUUACUGUAAAGAUCACUUCAAAGAUCACAAUAGACUUAAUCGUGGAAGAAAACACUCAGUGAUUGAUGCCACAGGGCAGUUACAGGAGAGGACCUGCUCCGAACAUAAGAAGAAGAUAGAAGUAUUUUGCCGUACCGAUCAGAAGUGUAUCUGCUAUAAGUGCAUGAUGAAGGAACAUAAAGACCAUGACACAGUCACAGUUGAAGAAGAAUGGAAAAACAAACAGAAGCAGUUAAAGAAGAAUCAGAGGAGAAUCCAGGAGAGAGAGAGGGAGCUGCAGGAGCAGCUGAAGGCUGUGAAGAUUAUCAAGAGCUCUGCACAGACAGCAGUGGAGGACAGUGAGAGGAUCUUCACUGAGAUGAUCUGCUCCAUUGUGAGAAGGUACACUGAGGUGAGUCGGGCUGAAGGACUCCUGAAGCAACUGGAGCAGGAGAUUGCUGAGCUGAAGAGGAGAGAAGCUGUGCUGGAGCAGCUUUCACACACAGAGGAUCACAUACAUUUCCUCAAGAUAAUCCCAUCCAUCAGAGAACUUCCUCACUCCAAAGACCUCAUCACUUUAAGCCAGAGUGUCUCUUCUGAGGCUGUGAAGGAAUCUGUCUCUGCAUUGAAGGUGCAGCUAGAAGAGAAAAUGGAUAGCACCUUCAAGCAGCAAGUAGACAAGAUAUCUGCAGCAGUGUCUGUGGUCCAGGAUGAUUCAUCUGAAUCAGAGCAUUCUGAUCCUGAACUCCCAGUCAGAAGAACAAACAAGGCAUUGCCACCAUCCAGUUCUGAUCCUGAACUCCCAGUCAGAAGAACAGACAGUUAUGAGGCACUGCCACCAUACAUGUCUGAAGUCCAGGAUGAUUUGUCUAAAGCAGAAACCAGGAAGGAGCCGUGUAAGUUAGACACACAUACAUCCACACCCAACACAAAUGAGAAUAUAUCCUAUUGA